CUAAUUGUUUACAGAGUUUUUCAGGUUGCUUGAUUGCUAAGGUGGUGCGCAUGCUCAAUUAAUUAAGUUGCUCUGUCAGCACAGUACAAGUAGAAACAAGUCUAGUCUCAGUCCAUUUUCGAUUUCUACAAAGCAAAGCGAUGGAAAAAAAGAAGGAUCAACCUGCCUGUUUUUUCCAGCCACACAUUAGUGUGAACAACUCCAGAUCUUUCUCAAUCACACCCAACGUAGGCAAGGCAGCAAGCAGUGGGAGAGUGUUGAUUACCCCAUUAAGAGCCCAGCAACCCUUACUGCCACAAAGCAACGCUGUUAUCCCCAAAGUAUUUUUAAAGGCAGUGUCUAAAGAAAAGAAGUCUCAUGCAAAGACCUUCACUUUGAGGAACGUGGAUAUGGUCGCCAUUACUACAGCAACUUGUCUCAAGGAAAUUAUCAGAGCUCAGCUUAAACAAGAAAUUGUACCUGACAUUCAUGAUUUUGAUGUUGGAUAUGUUCAAGGUACGAACGUUAUUAGUAUCCGAAGCUCUGAAGAUGUCCAAGAAGUGUGGUCUGAAUUAAAAACUUCUUCUAAGUUAAUUUUGUGGUGUGAUGGGCUUAAAGAUAAACCACAGAAACGAGAGCUCAAUUGCGAAUCAGAUGAUGAAUUAAGAACAACUAAGAAAAGAAAAACUAAAUCUCUCGAGAAAGAGGAUCGGGUUCAAGAGAUAGUUGAUAAUCUUAAAGAGAACCAUGGCUCUAAAUUUACUAUAAUGCAGCUACGUAUUUGGGCUGAGAUGAUUGUGGGAAAUAUGCACACAAGCACAGAUGAUCCUCCAAGCACAAGUAUGUUUGUUAGAGCUGGUGGACAGACUAAGAAAGCUACUGGGUUGUCUUCACCUUCAAUAACUAAAGCAAUUACUGAUGCUGCCUGUGCAAUCUCAAACGUCUUAUCACCAACGCAGAAUCUACCAGCCAAAACACACAAUGUGAGUGGUUGUAGUCCUGUUAGGGCUAUUGAAAACAGAUCCAAAUUGUAUAAACAGUUAAACGAGCUCAGUAAUUUAAAGAGUAGUGGAGUCCUCAGCGACCAAGAAUAUUUGUCUGAAAAGUAAGCUAUAAUGACCUUUCUGCAAGACAUAAACACUCGUAUUUAGUAAUAAUUAUUAUACAGGUUUACAUAAAUUGUGAAUUAUUAUUGAAUGUAUCCUGAGUGUUUGAUAUAAGAGAGACAGUCUUGCUUCGUUA